AUGUUGUUUUCGAAGUAUGAUGGUUCAACUUUCUCUGUUAUUUGUAUAUCAUGCAAAAUUUCUUUUAUACAGCCGAGGAGUUGCAGCAGAGCAAUGAGGGCUGUAGGAGUUGUUGAUGCUACUUGUGAAGAUAUAUUUGAACUUAUAAUGAGUAUGGAUGGGACAAGAUUUGAAUGGGAUUGCUCUUUCCAGUAUGGUAGUUUAGUUGAGGAGGUGGAUGGACAUACUGCUAUUAUAUAUCACAGACUUCAGCUUGACUGGUUUUCUAUGUUUGUAUGGCCUCGUGACCUCUGCUAUGUACGUUAUUGGCGACGUAAUGAUGAUGGAAGUUAUGUUGUGUUGUUCCGCUCGAGGGUGCAUGAGAACUGUGGUCCUCAGCCAGGAUUUGUGCGAGCCCAUCUUGAAAGCGGUGGGUUCAACAUUUCUCCUCUAAAAUCACGAAAUGGGAGGCCCAGAUCACAAGUGCAGCACCUUAUGCAAGUUGAUCUGAAAGGAUGGGGUGUGGGCUAUGUCUCAUCAUUUCAGCAGCACUGCCUCCUUCAAGUGUUGAACAGUGUUGCUGGGUUGCGUGAAUACUUUUCUCAAACUGAUGAAAGGAUUGCUACCCCCAGAAUUCCAGUUAUGGUCAACAUGACCUCAGCAUCUAUGCCUUCACGAAAGAACCAAAAGUUUCAGGAUCCAUCCAUUCAUCCUUGUUCUCCUGAUCGGAAUAUUGUUCCGAAUAGAAACUCUGUCAUGAUGGAUGAAGACUCUGAUGAAGAUGAGGAUUAUCAAAUACCCGAGGCAGAGCAAGAGGGUUACCGCUCUCCGCCUGAGAAUGAAGUCAAGAUAACCGCUGUUGAAGAACCAACCGAUCAGAUUGAUUCAACUAUGUUCUCGGGAACUUUGCGACGAGACGACAAUGAAAAUGCUCGCAAUUGCUGGAGAAUAUCUGAUGGAAAUAACUUCAAGGUUCGCAGCAAAAAAUUCUGUCGUGACAAGUCAAAGGUUCCAGCAGGGAAACCUUUAAUGGAUCUUGUUGCUGUUGAUUGGUUCAAGAAUUCAAGUCGGAUGGACCAUGUUGCUAGACGUCCAGGCUGUGCAGCACAGGUCUACACUCCGAGGAUUGCGCCUUAUGCGAGGAAUUUGAUGUGGUUCGUGAGCAAUGGGCUAAGUUUUUUACCAACAAGUAUUUAUUAUUGGCUUUAGCGCGCUUGAUCGAGUUGGUUUAGUUGUUAUAGAAUAAAUUUUAUAUUAAAAUGUAUGUUUAUGUUGAAAUUGGAACAUAUAUUUAAAUGUAAUAUGUGCACUUUG